CAGAAUGUCAUCAAAUACAAAACAGCUGCUUCUGCCUCUUGUCCGUUCUUUUGCCACAUCUGCGAGAAGUGACAUAAACUGCCAUCGAGCAAGCAUAGCCCGCAUUGGUCGCCUCACCUACACUCGCAUGUAUCCAGUCUCUAUAGUGCAAACAGAUGGUUCCACUAUUAACGUCAGAUAUCAUGAACCACGCAAGAUUAUUAAGUUGCCUCUUGAUCUGUCAACUUUAAGUGAGGCCGAGAGAAGAAAACGUCUUGAAGCUCGCAAACCAAUAGCAAAGGUGGUGAUUGAGGAUGACAUUGAAGAGACUUCGACCUGAGUAGUUAUCAGCAUCUCUGGAAGAAAUAGAUAAGGAUAGCAUUUAUUUGCACUUUUUUUUGUCAAAAUCAUUAUGAUUAAUACUGUAUUAUUGAUGUAUGUAAUUGCUGUCAAUUAUUGUUCUUGUUCAUUAUAAUUCUUUUUCAUUAUUUUUACCACUACUGUUAUUACUGUUUGUAAUAUAAACAAUACUUGUAGUGUACUACAAAUAUUGACAUUUGUACAUAUUUUUUAAAGAUGCAAAUUCAUACCUUUCUAACUAAUGUUAAUUUUCUCCUCUCAAUUUCUAUAUUUAUU